UCUCAACCAUAACCUCAAACCUCAACUCAACUCAACUAAAUCUUAAUCUUGUUUUUCUGUUUCAACAGAAAUUUCUGUUUUUUUUUUUGGUUCUCGGCCAUCAACUUUUUUUUUCUAUCUUUUGUUUUUCAAAUAUGGUUGCCAUAGUUGCUCGUACUGGCAGACAGUUGCAGCGUUACAACGGCCUUCAACGUGUUGUCGUUGGAUGCAUACCUUACAGGUUAAAAGGUAGCAUAAAGAAAUCAGGCAUAGAAGAUGCACUCGAGGUGCUUGUGAUAAGUGCUCAAAGAAAAGGCAAAGGAGUGUUAUUCCCUAAGGGAGGAUGGGAAUUGGAUGAAGAGAUUGAAGACGCGGCUCAACGAGAAACAAUCGAAGAAGCCGGAGUGACCGGAAAAGUUGGGAGUGAAUUGGGGAAAUGGUGCUUCAAGAGCAAAGGCAAUGAUGCAUACUAUGAAGGACACAUGUUCCCUUUACUUGUGAAUGAAGAACUUGACCAAUGGCCCGAGAAAGCGAUUCGCCAAAGACAAUGGAUGAGUGCAUCUAAAGCUAAAGAAUCUUGCCAAUAUGCUUGGAUGAGAGAAGCACUUGACUUGCUAGUAGCCCGACUCGAGACGCCAAAUAAGUUGGAUGAUCAACUGUUUGAUUGAUUGAUUAAAGCACCUUGGUUUGUAAAUAGAAGGAUACUUGAAGCUUGCACUUUUUUGAUCAGAAGUCGGACCCUAAUCGAACGACUAAUGUUGGUCCAAAACUUUUGAUUACGAUCACAAACAUUCGCAGUUUCAAAAAAACCAAAGAAGAUCAAAGACAGUGAAUCAAAACUAGGGAAUGCAAUGUGUAAAACCCCGGGCUCGUGUUACAAUUCGCCCCUUUUUUUUCCAUAGCCUCGAAGCAACCGGUUAUGGUUUUUUUGUGACAUGAAGCCUUGGGAAACAAAUGUAUGGAAAGAUGAAUCUAGUCAUCUACCCUUGCAAAGGCGAAGAACUCUAGCGAGCGGGUCAAUCUUCGAAUGAAUCUCGUCCGUUGAUUAUUUUUUCCCAUGGAUCUAAAGAACAUGGUUCAUCAUCAAUGGAAAUUUGGUUCAUGUUGUUAUCAUGUUGUAUUAUUAUCUUGGUCAUGUUAUGAGUAUGUUAUAGGCUGUCUUUUGUUGUUGAAUUAAGGUAGGAUUAGCUGUGUAGUUGUGUAUAUGAUUUAUGAACUUACCUUAUCAAUCAACCAAUGAAUCUUCAUGGAUUUGAUAACCA